UGCCAGAGAGCAGAGUCGGACCGAGGAACUUCCCGUACAGGCGCCCGGGAGCCGUGGGCAUUGAUCGGGCACCGGAGCUGCAGCCUCCCCGCUCCCCGGAGCCACAAGGAGCCCUGAAGAAGAGAGGAGACCCCGGAGACUGCACGGAGAGCCCGACCUCUAGUCCCAGGUGUCUGGGCACAGGAGGUGCCAUCCCGGGCACAUAGUGGGCACGGAGCCCGGAGAGCCCGGGGCAUGUGACCCGCCCCCCACAUCUCCUCCUGGGACUGGAACCUCCACUAUAGUGACGGGAAGUGUCGGGUGCAGAGACAUGCCCCGCCUGUAGGGGGCGCUCAGGAUGCCCGAUAAGAUGUCCGGCUUCCUGUACAUCGGGGACAUCGUGUCCCUCUAUGCGGAGGGAUCGGUCAAUGGCUUCAUCAGCACCCUGGGAUUGGUGGAUGACAGAUGUGUGGUUCACCCAGAAGCCGGAGACCUGGCCAACCCGCCCAAAAAAUUCAGAGAUUGUCUAUUUAAGGUCUGUCCUAUGAACAGAUACUCCGCGCAGAAACAGUUCUGGAAAGCCAAACAGGUGAAACAAGGGAACAACACAGAGGCCGCGCUUCUCAAGAAAUUACAGCAUGCAGCCGAAAUGGAGCAGAAACAAAAUGAGUCUGAGAACAGAAAACUCCUGGGAGAAAUUGUCAAAUACAGCAAUGUUAUACAGUUACUCCACAUCAAAAGUAACAAAUACCUCACCGUCAAUAAGAGACUGCCGGCCCUGCUGGAAAAGAACGCCAUGCGUGUCUCCCUGGACGCAGCUGGGAACGAGGGCUCCUGGUUCUACAUUCAGCCCUUCUGGAAGCUCCGGAGCGAAGGAGACAACGUUGUGGUAGGAGAUAAGGUGGUCCUGAUGCCAGUAAACGCUGGGCAGCCACUUCACGCCAGUAAUAUAGAACUUCUGGACAAUCCUGGCUGCAAAGAGGUGAACGCUGUGAACUGUAACACCAGCUGGAAAGUUGCCUUAUUUAUGAAAUACAGUGAUUACAGGGACGACGUUCUGAAGGGGGGGGAUGUGGUCAGAUUAUUCCAUGCGGAACAGGAGAAGUUUCUGACGUGUGACGAAUAUGAGAAGAAGCAGCACAUCUUCCUGAGGACCACGCUGCGCCAGUCAGCCACGUCUGCAACGAGCUCCAAAGCCUUAUGGGAAAUAGAGGUCGUUCACCAUGACCCUUGCCGUGGAGGCGCCGGACAGUGGAACAGUUUAUUUCGGUUUAAGCACUUGGCCACCGGGAAUUACCUGGCAGCAGAGAUCAACCCAGAUUAUCGUGAUGUCAGCGACGGCAAAGUUACGAAAGAGGGUGAGAUGCCGGUGUCCAUGAGGAAGUGGCCGGCGGGCGAGAAGAUCAUGUUCACCCUGGUGUCGGUGCCCCAUGGGAAUGAUAUCGCCUCUCUCUUUGAGUUGGACGCCACCACCCUACAGAGAGCCGACUGCCUGGUGCCAAGGAACUCGUACGUGCGCCUGCGCCAUCUGUGUACGAACACGUGGGUGACCAGCACCAGUAUCCCCAUAGACACGGAGGAGGAGAGGCCGGUGAUGCUGAAGAUUGGGACCUGUCAGACCAAGGAGGACAAAGAAGCUUUCGCCAUUAUUUCCGUCCCUCUCUCUGAGGUGCGCGAUUUGGAUUUCGCCAAUGAUGCCAAUAAAGUUUUGGCAUCGACGGUUAAAAAGUUGGAAUACGGAACCAUCACACAGAACGAGCGCAGGUUUGUUACAAAACUUCUGGAGGAUCUGAUCUUCUUUGUGGCCGGAGUUCCUAAUAAUGGGCAGGAAGUGCUGGAUGUUGUGGUCACCAAACCCAACCGGGAGAGGCAGAAGCUGAUGAGGGAGCAAAAUAUUUUAGCACAGAUUUUUGGCAUCUUGAAGGCGCCAUUUAAAGACAAGGCUGGUGAAGGCUCCAUGCUUCGCCUUGAAGACCUAGGAGACCAGAGAUAUGCCCCAUACAAGUAUAUCCUGAGGCUGUGCUACCGGGUCCUGAGACACUCACAGCAGGACUAUCGCAAGAACCAGGAAUACAUCGCAAAGCAUUUUUUCGUCAUGCAGUCCCAGAUUGGAUACGAUAUCCUGGCAGAGGACACUAUCACAGCUCUGCUACACAACAACCGCAAACUGCUGGAGAAACACAUCACAGCCAAAGAGAUCGAAACGUUUGUCAAUCUAUUAAGACGGAACAGAGAACCCAGAUUCCUGGAUUAUCUAUCAGAUUUAUGUGUAUCUAACACAACCGCAAUCCCCGUGACUCAAGAGCUUAUCUGCAAGUUCAUGCUGAGCCCAGGAAAUGCCGAUAUUCUUAUCCAAACCAAGCUGGUCUCCAUGCAGAUAGACAACCCCUUGGAGUGCUCUGUGCUCUCAGACGACAUCGAUGAGGAGGAGGUUUGGUUAUAUUGGAUUGACAGUAAUAAGGAACCUCAUGGGAAAUCUAUACGACACCUCGCUCAGGAGGCGAAGGAAGGAACCAAAAUGGACUUAGAAGUCUUAAACUUCUACAGGUAUCAGUUGAAUCUGUUUGCCCGGAUGUGCCUGGACCGCCAGUAUCUCGCCAUCAACCAGAUCUCCACGCAGUUGUCGGUGGACCUAAUCUUGCGCUGCAUGUCCGACGAGAGCCUCCCGUACGACUUGCGCGCCUCCUUUUGCCGCCUGAUGCUGCACAUACAUGUGGACAGAGACCCCCAGGAGUCGGUGGUCCCGGUCAGAUAUGCCAGACUGUGGACAGAGAUCCCUACACGGAUCAGCAUCCACGACUACGACUCCUUCACCGACUCCUCCAGAGACGAGAUGAAGAGGAAGUUCGCCCUUACCAUGGAGUUUGUGGAAGAAUACCUGAAAGAAGUGGUGACGCAGCCGUUCCCUUUCGGUGACAAAGAGAAAAACAAACUAACGUUUGAGGUGGUUCACUUGGCACGAAAUCUCAUCUACUUUGGAUUCUACAGCUUUAGUGAACUCCUCCGCUUGACGCGGACCCUGCUGGCCAUUCUGGACAUCGUACAGAGCCCCAUGUCUUCGUACCUGGAGAGACUCAGCAAAUUCCAAGAUGGAGGUAACAAUGUUAUGAGGACCAUUCAUGGAGUGGGCGAGAUGAUGACGCAGAUGGUUCUCAGCAGGGGGUCUGUUUUACCCAUGGCGGUGCCUGAUGUUCAGACAGGGCUCCACUCCAGCAAGCAGACGACUGACAGUGAAGAUAUUACUGUUAUGGACACCAAACUCAAAAUCAUUGAGAUUUUGCAGUUCAUCCUCAGUGUCCGGCUCGAUUACAGGAUUUCCUAUAUGCUUUCGAUUUACAAGAAGGAAUUUGGGGAUACUGGCAGCGUUGACAACUCCACAGCGUCCACAGUCGCUCCGCCAGAGACCCCAACACUGUCAGCAGCGGUUGUACCCGAUAUUGAUGAAAUAGCGGCGCUGGCAGAGACCAUGUUUGCUGGAAGUAGAGAGAAGAAUCCUGUAGAACUGGACGAUGAAGGUGGCCGAACGUUCCUGCGGGUCCUUAUCCAUCUCAUCAUGCACGAUUACCCGCCGCUGCUCUCCGGCGCCCUCCAACUUCUCUUCAAGCAUUUCAGCCAGAGAGCCGAGGUCCUCCAGGCCUUCAAACAGGUUCAGUUAUUGGUGUCAAAUCAGGAUGUCGACAACUACAAGCAGAUCAAGGCUGAUCUGGACCAAUUACGGCUGACGGUGGAGAAAUCUGAACUUUGGGUUGAAAAGAGCAAUAGCUACGAGAGUGAGGAGCUGGGAGACGGGCAGGCCAAGGACGGCAAAGAGCAGAUUAAUGAGGACACAAGUAUCCUCGCCCCAGUGGAAGAAGGGAUCAAGAAGCCCCAAAUCGACAGCAACAAGGCCAACAAUUACAAGAUUGUGAAAGAGAUUCUGAUCCGGCUGAGUAAGCUCUGUUCUCAGAGUAAGAAGGGACGGAACCAGCAGCAGCGGCUAUUGAAGAACAUGGGGGCCCAUUCGGUGGUCCUGGAUCUAUUGCAGAUUCCCUAUGAGAAGACGGAUGAUAAAAUGAAUGAGAUCAUGACCCUCGCUCACAACUUCCUGCAAAACUUCUGCCGAGGAAAUUCCCAAAAUCAAACGCUUCUUCACAAAAACCUCAACCUCUUCUUGACCCCGGGGCUUCUGGAAGCAGAGACGAUGCGGCACAUCUUCAUGAACAACUACCAUCUGUGCAACGAGGUCAGCGACCGCGUGGUCCAGCACUUCGUGCACUGCGUGGAGACUCACGGGCGCCACGUGGAAUACCUGCGAUUCCUACAAACCGUUGUGAAAGCCGACGGGAAGUAUGUGAAGAAAAGCCAGGACGUGGUGAUGACGGAGCUGAUUAAUGGCGGAGAGGACGUCCUCAUCUUCUACAACGACCGAGCUUCCUUCCCGAUCCUCCUGCAGAUGAUGUGCUCGGAGCGGGAUCGGGUGGAUGAGAGCGGGCCCCUGGCCUAUCACAUCACCCUGGUAGAGCUGCUGGCGGCCUGCACCGAGGGCAAGAACGUCUACACCGAGAUCAAGUGCAACUCCCUCCUGCCCCUGGACGACAUUGUCAGGGUGGUGACACAUGACGACUGCAUACCCGAGGUGAAGAUCGCCUAUGUGAACUUUGUGAACCAUUGUUACGUGGACACGGAGGUGGAGAUGAAGGAGAUCUACACCAGUAACCACAUCUGGAAGCUGUUUGAGAAUUUCCUGGUUGACAUGGCGCGGGUUUGCAACACGACCACCGACCGCAAACACGCAGACACGGCGCUGGAGAAGUACGUGACGGAGGCCGUGAUGAACAUCGUCAGCGGAUUCUUUAACUCUCCGUUCUCCGAUAACAGCACCAGCCUGCAGACCCAUCAGCCGGUCUUCAUCCAGCUCCUCCAGUCCGCCUUCCGAAUUUACAACUGCACGUGGCCGAACCCGGCGCAGAAAUCCUCGGUGGAGUCGUGUAUAAAGACCCUGGCAGAAGUGGCAAAGAAUCGUGGGAUAGCGAUCCCAGUGGAUUUGGACAGUCAGGUUAAUACACUUUUCCUUAAAAGCCAUUCAAAUAUGGUGCAAAGGGCGGCCAUGGGCUGGAGGAUGACAGCCCGCACCGGGCCCCGAUUCAAAGACGUCUUGGGGGGCCCGGCUUGGGACUACAGGAACAUCAUUGAGAAGCUGCAGGACGUCGUGGCCUCUCUGGAGCAGCAGUUCAGUUCGAUGGUGUUGGCCGAGUUCUCGGUUCUUGUUGACGUUCUGCACAGUCCUGAGCUCCUGUUUCCUGAUGGUAGUGACGCGCGGAUCCGCUGUGGAGCCUUCAUGUCCAAGUUGAUUAAUCACACAAAGAAACUAAUGGAGAAAGAAGAGAAGCUUUGUAUCAAAAUACUUCAGACGUUGCGAGAGAUGUUAGACAAGAAAGAAGGCUUCAGCGAGCAGCAGCCGACGCUUUACAGCACCGCCUGUGAUGAAGCACUUUGGGCACCAUCGGAAAAAGCCAUAGAUUGCCAUCUUUCUUCCGAACGUCAUGUGAUCGACGGAAAAAAUGGGAUAACAUUACGGAAAAUUCUGCUGAAUCGCUACUUUAAGGGUGAACCUGGAACCCCCAUGAAUGGGCCUGUAGGAUUCAGUAAAUCUGCACAGUCUGGAGGUUACAGCGCCCCCGAGAGUGACCGCAGGACAGGUGCGUCCAUGACUGAAAUCCAGUGUCUUCUUGAUAAGGAAGGAGCCUCGGAACUGAUCAUCGAUGUCAUUGUUAACACUAAAAAUGACCGGAUAUUUUCCGAAGGCAUCCUACUUGGAAUCGCGUUAUUGGAGGGGGGGAACACACAGAUCCAGAGCUCCUUCUACCAUCAACUCAACGAACAGAAAAAGUCAGAGAAAUUUUUCAAGGUUCUCUAUGACAGGAUGAAAGCCGCACAGCUGGAGAUCCGUGCCACUGUCACAGUAACCACCAUCGACUUGGGCACCAAAAAAAAGGACGAUGACUACGAAACGGUGUCACUACCAAAACGCAGAGCACGUGAUUCCCAGAUGCAUCUGAAAGAAGGGAUGAAGGGGCAGCUGGCGGAGGCGUCCACAGCCACGUCCAAGGCCUACUGUGUCUAUAGGAAGGAAAUAGACCCCGACCUGGAUCUGAUAGGGUCUGGGGCCGAUAAUGGAGGAGGGGAAGAGAAGACAGCAGAGGAGGCAGUGACCGUCAGUCCUGUCAUCGCCAUCAUGCAGCCCAUCCUCAGGUUCCUCCAGCUCCUGUGUGAGAACCAUAACCUGGGAUUACAGAACUUUCUGAGGAACCAGAACAACAAAACCAACUAUAACCUGGUGUGCGAGACCCUGCAGUUCCUGGACUGUAUUUGUGGGAGCACAACAGGCGGCCUUGGUCUCCUGGGACUAUAUAUCAAUGAGAGGAACGUGGCUUUAGUGAAUCAGACCCUAGAGAGCUUGACUGAAUACUGCCAGGGUCCCUGCCAUGAGAAUCAGACGUGCAUCGCAACUCACGAGUCCAAUGGGAUCGACAUAAUCAUCGCUUUAAUUCUGAAUGACAUCAACCCGCUUGGCAGGUACCGAAUGGACCUGGUGCUUCAGUUAAAGAACAACGCCUCCAAACUGCUUCUAGCAAUUAUGGAAAGUCGCCAUGACAGUGAGAAUGCGGAGAGGAUCCUGUACAACAUGAGGCCUGGAGAAUUGGUGGAUGUGAUAAAGGCGGCCUAUAACCAGGGCCUGGAGAGCGACCAUGAUGAACACGGGCCCGAGGAUCAGGUGUCCCCGAGAGCCGUGGGUCAUAACAUCUACAUUCUGGCCCAUCAGCUGGCCCGCCACUACAAGACCCUGCAGCAGAUGCUGAAGCCGGGGAACGAUCCGGACGAGGGCGAUGAGGCUCUGAAGUACUACAACAACCACACCGCCCAGAUUGAGAUCGUCCGCCAUGAUCGUACUAUGGAGCAGAUCGUCUUCCCCGUACCCAACAUCUGUGAAUACCUGACCCGGGAGUCCAUGUGGCGCGUGUUCAACACCACCGAGCGGGACGAGCAGGGCAGCAAAGUCAACGACUUCUUCCAGCAGACGGAGGAUCUGUACAACGAGAUGAAGUGGCAGAAGAAGAUCCGCAAUAACCCCACCCUCUUUUGGUUCUCCCGCCACAUCUCGCUGUGGGGCAGCAUCUCCUUCAACCUGGCUGUAUUCAUCAACCUGGCGGUGGCGCUGUUUUACCCCUUUGGAGACGACGGAGAUGAAGGCACUCUUCUCCCUGGGAUCUCCCUCCUGCUGUGGAUCGCUGUGGCCAUCUGCACCGCAAUGUUGUUUGUCUUUCCCAAACCGUUUGGGAUUCGUCCGUUCCUGGUGUCCGUCAUGCUCCGCUCCAUCUACACCCUGGGCCUGGGGCCUACGCUCAUAUUACUGGGAGCCGCUAACCUUUGUAAUAAGGUGGUGUUCCUGGUGAGUUUUGUGGGGAAUCGCGGCACGUUCACGCGAGGUUACCAGGCGGUGAUCAUGGACAUGGCGUUCCUGUACCACGUGGUCUACGUCAUCGUCUGCAUGCUGGGACUCUUUGUGCACGAGUUCUUCUAUAGCUUCCUGCUGUUUGAUCUUGUGUAUCGGGAAGAAACAUUACUGAACGUCAUAAAGAGCGUGACGCGGAACGGCCGCUCCAUCAUCCUGACUGCGGUGCUGGCGCUUAUCCUCGUCUACCUCUUCUCCAUCAUCGGGUUCCUCUUCCUAAAAGACGACUUCCUUAUGGAGGUGGAGCUACUGGAUAACAAGCCCGCCGACCAGGGCAAUGGCGACACCCAUGCGUCCUCUCUUACCGGCAUGAUGGGUUCAUGUCAGAAUGAGGAGUGCUCCACUUCAAUACCGAUCACAAAUGGAAACACGGAAAGCAACAGGAUUGAACGGACCUGCGACACGUUGCGAAUGUGUAUUGUAACAGUCCUGAAUCAAGGUCUGAGGAACGGCGGAGGUGUGGGAGAUGUUCUUCGGAAGCCUUCGAAGGAUGACCCUCUUUUUGCUGCAAGGGUCGUGUAUGAUCUUCUGUUCUACUUCAUCGUCAUCAUUAUUGUCCUCAAUCUCAUCUUUGGUGUCAUCAUCGAUACAUUUGCCGAUCUGAGGAGCGAGAAGCAAAAGAAGGAGGAGAUCCUGAAGACCACCUGCUUCAUCUGUGGUCUGGAGAGAGACAAGUUUGACAACAAGACGGUUUCCUUCGAGGAGCACAUCAUGUCAGAGCACUGCAUGUGGCAUUAUUUGUACUUCAUUGUCCUGGUCAAAGUGAAGGACCCCACAGAAUACACGGGCCCAGAAAGCUUUGUGGCCAAAAUGAUAACAGAAAAAAACCUGGACUGGUUCCCUCGGAUGCGCGCCAUGUCUCUCGUCAGCAGCGAGGGCGAAAAUGAGCAAAACGAAAUCAGGAACCUGCAGGAAAAACUGGAGUGCACCAUGAGCCUGGUGAAGCAGCUGUCCGGGCAGCUCGCGGAGCUCAAAGAGCAGAUGACAGAACAAAGGAAAAACAAACAGCGCUUGGGAUUUCUAGGCACGAACUCCCCACACGUCAACCAUCAUCUCUCCCCGCACUGAUGAAGGUCUCGUCAUCUCCGUUAACCCUAUGUUAUCGCUUUUUGGGACGUAUAUGAGAAGGAGGAGGAGGAAGAUACGUGAUGGACUGAUCAGAGCCGCACAGGGAUCUGCAGAGCGCAGGCGGAGCUCACAGCAGACUCACGCCCCGGCGGAUGUAUAAGGGAUGUCUCCGCCUGCGCGGCUCCUUUUAAAGGGAUUGAAACGCGUUCAAAAUCACAUGUCUGAUGGCGGCGCUAAAAAAAAAUACAAAAAAAAAACUGGAUACUGAGCUACAGCCGGCGCCGGCCGGGGUUUAGCUACGCUGUGCCUUUAAGACAUGAACAAGGGACGUUCUCACCGACUUAUCGGUGCCGUUUGUACAGUUUUUGCGCUUUUUUUUUUGAGGCGACAGAAAAAUAUCACAAUAAUAAAGGGAGUCGCUGUCUUAAUCGAUGUGUCGCGAAACAUUCUGCAGCCUUUGCGACCGAUUCUGCGCCAUUUUUAACAUUUCCGCUUGCUGUCAGUGAAUGGAGACUUUUUUGUCGGGGUCCUAUUACAGGUAUUUGUGCAUGCCCUCUAUUCAACGUCAAUGGUCUCCAAACAGUGUGUCUCCAGC